UGGCGUGAACGGCAAGAAAAUGUCGAUAUUACGACCGGCAUAAUCGUCAGGUACCACGCGGCGUCAUUUGCAUCAGCUCGGAAUUCGCGCGAGUGAAUUAAACGACAAACGUGCCGCACAGUUUCGUCCGUACAACAAGGGUAAAUAUCGAUGAAUAUGCAAAGUGAAAACAAGAGAGCGUAGACCUCACCUCCUCUCGAACAGUACUCUUUACGCAAGAAAGCAAGAAGUAGGCAGGCUCCGUGCAGCAUUCGUCAAGUAAAUAGCGACAGCAUUAAUAUCGCCUUGAGAGAGAGAGAAAAACCCAGAGAUUCCAAAGAGAUGACACAGCUGGAGUUGGAUCCACAAUUCACGCAAGGACUGCGACUUCUGUAUUCUACCAACAAGGACUCUGCGGAACAGCUGCGAGCUCUGUUAGAUGAGGCAAUUAAACAAAAGUACGGGCCAUCCAAGAUGCUUUCCAACGUGUUGCACAAGAAGUACAUGAUGGAGGAACCGGUGCUGAGCGAUCACAGUAGUAGCAGCAGUAAAAAGAGCAAAAGUUCUAGCUCGUCCAAGCACUCGAGUAAGUCAAGCAAAAACAGCUCGCCAGUUAAUCUGCCAGCGCGCGACACUCCACCAGAUAUUCUACAAUCGGAUGAUACACUGGCGUUGGAAAUUCUAGAGGAUGAUCUUACAUGUGUUAUUUGCAAGGGGAUGGACGUUGGAGCGAGAAAUAGACUUGUGGAAUGUCAGGAGUGUCAUUCUUUGUAUCAUCAGGAAUGUCACGUUCCUCACAUCUUGGACUCGCAGAUAGAUAAUGUACCGAAACAAGUGUGGUACUGCUCUAACUGUUCAAAGUCUCAGAUCACGAAAGAAAGAAGUUCACCAAAGACUGUGAUAGAAAGCAAAUCUAAGGAGCAGAAAAAGCCUAGCUCAAGCAGUGGAGCUAAGGUAACACCAAAUAUUCAUAUUAUUAGCGCGGAUAAAAGACUGAAAGAUAUGAUGAAAAAAGCUAAGCAGGACAAACGAAAUACGGGUACUGCCAUUGGUUCAAAGAGCUCUUCGUCUAGCGCUCCUGCAUUAUCUUCAGCCAAAUCUUCUCAGGAAAAAUCAUUGUUAUAUAAGAUAAAGUCAGGGGUAGAAUAAACUACUUAAUUUGUAAAAAAAAAAAUAGCAAACAAAACCAUAAAAUUGUAUACAAAUAGUGUAUUUUAUAGAAAUAAUACGAGAGUUUUUUAUCAAUAAUGUAAUUAUUUUGUAAUUACUUUUGUUAAUCUGGGAGAAUGGGCGACAAUUUUAUUGUUACUUUUUACAAAUAUAUUUUUCGUAUGAUCAGAAAGAGUAAGAGAGAGAAAGAGAGAACAAGAAUCGCGUUCCUUUAUCAUAAAGACAGAAAUUCUGAAUAGACGAUACCACUAAUGUGUAUUUACAUAUAUUGAAGUUUAAUCUCGAAUUACAUUCAAUCGAUAUUAAUACAAUUGGGCCUUUGUGUAGUGUCUGAAUUUCUUACUGCCUAUAUAAAUACAAUUCCAUAUUAUACAAUUUA